UUUGACUAUGUACAUAGUUGCAGUUUUGUAUUGAAUUCCAAAAAAAAGCUUUAAACAUAAAAAGCUCCUCUGAAAUAACUCUAUCAAGUAAAAUUUAUGUCAAAAAGGCGUCACACUACGCAGAGUGUUUGUUGUUUAUAAAUAAAGAAAAUAAAAUAAACAAACAAUAAAUUGAGAAGUGUUUAAUUGAAAUUUAAAGUGAUUUUAAAGCUGAUUUUUUUCAAGUGUGGUGAAAUGUUAUUACAAAAGAGUAGAACAAAAGAGAUUUAACAAAAACUUAACAACAACUAAGUGGUUUCUGGUUUCCAAUGCCUGAGGAAAAGGAUGUGAUUCUCUAUACCAUCUUUGACCUUGACCAAUUAAGUUGUCAAAAAGGAUAUUUAUUUUGCUUCUCAAAUGGUUUAUAAAAUACAAAAAUUUUGCUGUCUAAGUCUGUCCACAGCUGGCUUAGUUUUUGGCUACAUAAGUUUGAUUUCUUGUAUUGGUGAAUUUAUUGGUCUAGCUAUGGUCAUAAUUUUGCUGGUGUGUUCGCCACAGGAUGAAAUCGAUUAUAAUAUUGAUUAUGACAAAACAAACCCUCCUAAGAUAAGUUCUCCUGCAAAGAUAACUUUUCGACUUCUAUUGUGUAUUUUUAGUUUGGUCUGUUCGAUGUCGUUAAUUAUUGGAAUUAAAAGGAAAUCCCACAAUAUGAUGGUCCCAUGGCUAGCUAGCAUGGCUGCGUGUUUGAUAAUUUUAACAUCUCUUUCUAUUAUUUCGAUUAUCACAGGACUCAAUUAUAUAAUUAUAAACCCUAAAGAAGGUUACAUUGUUGAUUUAAUUGCUGGAAUUUUACUUGCUUUAUUUUCAGGUUUCUUAUUCUACAGUUGGAUUGCAGUUUAUUCAUUAUUUGAUAAUUAUCGUAAAUAUUUUCAAGAAUCUUCAACUGACGGAGAUGGUGAAAGGCUAAAUUGUACAUUUGAUUCUCCUGACAUAAGUAUUAUGUACAAUAAUUCAAGAGUAAAUCGUCAAAUUUUAGAUAUUCCCGAUCUGGGUCAUGAUUUAGAAUAACUUUUGAAUGCUUUGAAUGCAAUGAGCCGAAAAUAUUUUUAUUUAUAAAAAAUGUAUUAGUUUUUGGCUUUUGAAUUGGCUAGAUUUCAUAAAGUUCUUGGAAAAAAUUUGUAAAUGUUCCUCUCCUCAAAAACAAAAGCACU